AUGGCACCGACUGAAUCGGCCCGCUCUGCUUUGAGCUCCUUCACAUGUACUCUUUGCAAUAAAUCUUACUCGCGCCAUCCGGAAUAUGAAGCUCAUAUCUCUUCCUACGAUCACCAACAUCGCAAGCGCCUACAAGACUUGAAACAAUUGUCGCGAGAUCCUAAUGCUGCUGAAAAGGCAAGGAGGGCCGAGAGAAAGGCAGAUGCAGAGGCGGGACUAAGAGUAAUCGGGACGACUCCCGCAUCUGGAGCCGGGGGCCCCGGUGGGGGAGGAGGGUUUAAGAAAGGAGGAUUCAAGAGCUCCUUUACCACGGUCAAAGGACCAGUAUCUGCUACUGUGUCUACGAGGAAAAAUGUCCUAGGAGAUGACGAUGACGACGACGCCGACCAACCGGUAGGAGCGGGUGAACCGAGCGAAUUUGUUAGGAACAAACCCAGACAGGAUACGGAAGCUCAGCGCGACAAUGCAGAAAGCGAUACUGACGAGGAGUACGCAAACGACGAUACGGAGGCCAGUUACUAUGAUCCUCGCAAACCUACCGAGUGCUCGUCACCGUGCCCGGGGUUUCAGAAUGAGCUUACCAUAGCAUGA